CUAAGCCAAGGUCACUAACCCCAAUCAUGGAGGUUGAACUUACACUAGAGCCAAGGAAUGGGAGGCACUUCUGGGGGGAGGUCCCCAAACAGAAUCUCCUCCUUUAAAAUCAGUUACCUGUGGGGCGCUGUGACCUCACCCCAGCACCCUGCCUCUUUUGUCCUCAAUCCCCUCUCCAGACUUCAUUCGGGAGCACCAUGGGGACUCCGAAUGAUCAGGCAGUGUUGCAAGCCAUCUUCAACCCUGACACCCCCUUUGGAGAUGUAGUGGGAUUGGACCUGGGAGACGAAGCAGAGAAGGAUGAAGAUGAAGAUGGAGUUUUCCCUCAAGCACAACUGGAGCAGUCUAAAGUCCUGGAGCUGCAGGGGGUGAUGGCAGCAGAGGCGGGUGACCUCAGCACAGCCCUGGAGAAGUUUGGCCAGGCCAUCUGCCUGCUGCCGGAGAGAGCUUCUGCCUACAACAACCGAGCGCAGGCCAGGCGGCUCCGUGGAGAUGUGGCAGGCGCCCUGGAGGACCUGGAGCGCGCCCUGGAGCUGAGCGGCGGCCGCGGCCGCGCCGCCCGCCAGGCCUUCGUGCAGCGCGGGCUGCUGGCGCGGCUGCAGGGCCGGGACGAAGAUGCCCGCAGGGACUUCGAGCGGGCGGCGCGGCUGGGCAGCCCCUUCGCGCGGCGCCAGCUGGUGCUGCUCAACCCUUACGCCGCGCUGUGCAACCGCAUGCUGGCCGACAUGAUGGGGCAGCUGUGCGGCCCCCGCCACGGACGCUGAGCACGAGGGGGCGGGGGACGGGACGGGAGGGGACCCUG